UGAUUUCGACUAGAUAUCGAUAGUGACGCCAAAGUCGAGCUGCCGAAAUGUCGCAAGUUGGGCAAUUGCAUCCGAAAUCUCCGCCAGCAACGGCUGGAGCAGAAGCAGGAGCAGGAUCUCCCCAAGCAGCCGCUUCGGUGGCCGUGGCGGCCGAUGCCAACGAAACGGAGCUCAUGGUAAAGGUGAUCAUGGACAUGGGUUAUCCGGAGGGCGAGGCUCGCCUGGCGCUAGCCCAGAGCAACAACAACGUGCAGCGGGCGGUGCAGAUCUUGGUGGAGGGAAUGGAUAACGGCGAGUCGCGCAAGAGGCGUGGCAAUCGCAUGCGAUUAAGGCAACUGAGCAGCUCCCUCAUGGGGAAUCCACUUGCCACGGAUGAAGCCAUCGUCCAGAUGAUGCGGGAUCAGAGGAUCGCACAGGCGCUGGCCGAGUUGGUGAAUGGCAGCAGUGUGCAGGCCAUGGAACUGCUGCUGACCGAGGAAGAGGAUGAGCCCGAGGACGAGAUGUCGGAGGAGGAGCAGCUGGACACCAGCCAGGAGCAGUCAUCCUCAUCUGCCGAUGGCUCUUCGCCUAGCAACUGAAAGGGUUAGUUAGUACUGCUUACAUCUAUUAGUUUAAGUUUUAGAUAUAUGAGAAUGUUAGUUUUCAAGUCCCCUGAAGUUAAAACAAGUUCUUUAUAAUUACGUUUUCAGUUUGCUAUUAUGUCUUAAAUAUUUUAUUAACGUUAUAGUAAGUGUAUGUAUGUUUAUCAGAGUAAUUAAUAUUGUUAUUAAUCCACCAACGAAGGUUUCCACGUUAAGGCGUUAAAUGUUUAUUUAAUAUUUGAAAAGUGUCAAUUUAAAAGUAUACUUAUAUUUAAGUUCAGUUUACAAUUAUGGAAUUUCGUGAAUAUUUGCAUUAAAGAUAUUGCUAAGGUGUUAGUGAA